AAUGACGUCUCGAUAUAUGGAACGUCUUGCAAAAAUCGAGGAGGUACUUCUCAUUGCAAAUAAGAAAAUCGAUAUUAACGAAUUGAGAGCCGGGUGUAGCUACGGAGUUCCCGAAUCUCUGCGACCGUUGGCAUGGCGUUUGCUUCUGCACUAUCUCCCAUUGGAGCGUCACAAGUGGCAAACAUUUUUGGCCGAACAGAGAGAUAACUACGAUCAGAUGAUUGAGCAGAUAAUCGUGGAGCCGGGAACAGCGUCUUUGCAGCAAAGUGCUGCUCAAAAUCAGGAUAAUGAUCAUCCACUCUCCGACCAUCCAACCAGUGACUGGCAAGCAUUCUUCCAAGACAACAAAGUUCUUUCACAAAUCGACAAAGACGUUCGCCGACUGUAUCCAGAAAUACAAUUUUUCCAACUGUUAUCCAGAUUUCCACAUCAGCAUGGAAUGAAGUAUCCCCUUUCUCGCAGAGUCAUUAAUCAUCAGGAACUGCAUUCACAAGAGUUUGGUGCAAAUCGCGACGGAAUAGUUGGAUGUGUCAAGACAAACAUUGCAAAACAAAGUCAAGACGAGAAUCAGGCGCCCAAUUCAGAAUUCCACUGGCAUAUUGUUGAGCGAAUCCUCUUCAUCUACGCCAAACUCAACCCCGGAGUUCAAUACGUGCAAGGAAUGAAUGAGCUGGUUGCCCCAAUCUACUACGUGUUCGCCAAUGAUGCUGACGAUGAAUGGGCCGCAUAUGCUGAAGCGGACACUUUUUUUUGCUUUCAGCAACUCAUGAGUGAAGUCAAGGACAACUUCAUUAAAAAGCUCGACGAUAGUAACUGUGGAAUUGAAUCGAGCAUGUCAGCUUUUCAUAAUUUGAUCUCAACUUUUGAUACGGAGCUUCACAAGCAUCUCACACUGACACUGGAAAUUAAACCACAGUUCUACGCUUUCCGCUGGCUUUCGUUGCUUCUCAGCCAGGAGUUUCCACUUCCAGACGUCAUCACCCUUUGGGAUGCUCUUUUCUCCGAUCCUCAACGAUUUGCCCUUCUUCAGUACGUGUGCCUUGCGAUGAUGGAAUUGAAACGCGAGCCUCUGAUCAACGGAGACUUCCCAUUUUGUGUGCGGCUUCUACAGAACUAUCCCGACACCGAUAUUGCAAAAAUCGUCGCAUUUGCGCAGGACAUUCGAGAUGGAAAAGCCUUGCGCCCAAUAGCCAAGGAAAUAUCGAAAGGGAGCAAGAUCGCAAGGCAUGCUCGGCAACUCUCCGACACACUGCGUAAUCUGUCAAUUAUAAAAAAAUAGAUAAUGAAUUCAAACCAUACAGCUCUCCCUCUCAUUCCUUAGGUAGCUUUCAAAAUAUAGGCCAUCCCAUGUUUCACUUCUUCCGUUUUCUUCGUUUUUCUUUCUACGUAUGUAGUGUCGCAAUGUGGAAAGGAAAUCGAAAUAACAUCGGAAACGUUUCGUUACUAUAAAUAAGAUGAAACUUUAUACUAU